CGAUUAUUAAUUUCAAAUGGAGGAAAUUUGCCAAGACGCGAUAUGUCAUUUUUAUUGGUUUAUAUUUCUUGUAUCUUCUUUCGUUCAUGGCUGCCGUUACUCUCGAUUCUGGCAGAGUGCAUCAGGGGAACGUGAUCAAUCAUCUGAUCAUCUCGUUCUCGAUUAUAGUAUUGGCGCUCGGAUUCAUGUUUAUCAUAGCUGAGAUCAUGCAAAUGAUUGCAUAUCGUAAACAUUAUUUCGGCACGUAUAAUGUCAUUGACCUGGGCAGUACGAUAUUGCCAAUGAUUUAUGCUGUCGGGGUAUUUUUGAGAAGCAGCUGGAGAUUUGAAUAUGUUGGCAUCUCCAUGUUAUUUGUCUAUGUUGAUUUUAUUCUGCGACUUCGAGUAUUCAAAGAGUUUGGGAUACCAAUAUUUAUUAUGAUAGAAAUCUUCAAAAGGGUGCGAGGGCCUAUUGUCAUAAUUGCAAUGAUGGUGUUCGCAUACACACACAUAUACUGGUUGUUGUUUUCCUACAUGGAAGUUACGGACUUGGUAGGUGAUAGUCCAGUGACGAACGACUUUUCGACUCCUCAACGUGCACUCGUUUCAGUCUUUUUCUUCGUGACAGGCAGUUUUGGGGGCCUUAGUGGUGCGUUUGGCAAUCCGACAGUUGCACUUUUGGCAAUUGUAUUUUCGUUCAUGACUGCGGUUUUAUUAUUGAACAUCUUGAUUGCCUUAAUGAGUGAUGUUGUCG